UGGUGAAGUGCUCAUUGUGGGGUUGUAGGAAAGGAGAGAGAUCAUAGAUAGCUGGUAAGAUGAAAGGGGGGAAGUCAUGGGGUGUGAUGGUGGUCAUGGUGGUGGUGGUGCUGGGUAUGUGGGAGGUGAAGACGGGCAGUGCAGCACCGAGUGCAGCAGAGUGUAAGGAGGAGAGGAGGCUUGCGAUUAAUGCAUGCAAGCCAGUGGUGUAUGGGAAGGAUCCCUCACCCGCUUGUUGCGAGAGGGCAAGGGUCACCCAUGUUGAGUGUGUGUGCCCUGUGAUUACUCCUAAGUUGGCUGCCCUUAUAGACGUCAACAGGGCUAUACGUCUCAUUGAAGGUUGUGGAAGGAAGGUCCCUCGUCACUACAAGUGCGGGAGCAUCACCACUCCUUGAAAGAUGAACCUGCUGGGGUUUCUGCCUUGCUCUGCAGAAGGAAAGAGAGAUGGUGACUUUUUCUCUGGCGUAGUAAACAGUAUUGGAGAAGUAAUAGAAGAUAAUAAAUGACUCUGAAAAUCCAAGUUUGAUCUCCUUUAUGGGUUUCCCUGCAUCUGAGUGUGUUUUAUAGCCCUUUAUCGUGUGAUAUGGAGUUCUAUAAUAAAAAGUGUCCGCUUUUUAACUUUUUUUUA